AAAAAAAACAUCCAUCUAUCCAGCUGAACCAGUUUGUUAUUGCACGGUUUAGGGGGUUUGAGGUCUAUCAUUUGGUUGAGAAGCUGGUUCCACUUUGGAUACGUUAGUAGUCUGUGAAAUGAUGGAUGAAUACCUGGCCAUAUCUAGAGUCAUGGUGUUCAUCGAGAGCUACUGUGAGGGAAACAUCUCCAUCUCCCACACAUGGGUGGAUUUAGGCAUCGCCCCCUGCUUCCACUUCACCCUCAUCUCCACCAUCCUGCUCUCCAUCUGCUUCUUCCUCGGCACCGUCCACUGCAUCUGCUACCAGAAGUAUGGCACCUCCAUGGAGCCCAAAUUCAUCCCUCGCUCCCACCUCUACCGCCUCCAGCUGGUCCUCACCAUUGUCCUCUUGCUCCAAUUCCUGGCCGGGCUGGUGUGGCGAGCGUCCGACGGCAGAGAGCUCCCGGGUUACGUGGUGCUGUACGGCUCCUUCUCCAUGGUGGGGUGGUCCUGGGCGUUGGGCGUGCUCUGGGUGGAGAGGCGUAGGGUCCCCCUGAUGGACCGGACCAGGGGUCACAGCACCGCCCUCCUGGUGUUCUGGGCCUUUGCUUUCUCUGCUGAGAACCUGGCCUUCGUCUCCUGGUACAGUUCACAGUGGUGGUGGGCGCUGGAGACCAGUCAGCAAGAGGUGGAGUUUGCUCUCUGGGUGAUCCGCUACGUCUGCACUGGGGUGCUCUUCUUCGUUGGUCUGAAAGCCCCCGGCUUGCCCCGAAAACCCUACAUCCUCCUUAUAAAUGAAGACGAGCGGGACGUGGAAAACAGCAGACAGAGCCUGUUGGGAAGACCAGAGGAGAACCAGUCAACCUGGCAAGGGUUCAGGAAGAAGGUCCGUCUGCUGGUGCCCUACAUGUGGCCCAAAGGCAACAUUGUCCUCCAGGUUCUGGUCCUCUUCUGCUUGGGCCUGCUGGGAGUGGAGAGAGCCAUUAAUGUCUUUGUACCCAUCUACUAUAAAAAUAUUGUUAAUGGAUUAACUGAUGGCAGCAGCUGGCACACUGUGGCGUCCACAGUGGGCGUGUAUGUUGGACUGAAGUUCCUGCAGGGUGGGGGAGCAGGUGCCUCCGGGUUCGUCAGCAACAUACGCUCGUUCCUCUGGAUCCGUGUGCAGCAGUUCACCAAUCGGGUGGUGCAGGUCCGCCUGUUCGCCCACCUGCACUCGCUCUCGCUGCGCUGGCAUCUGGGCCGCAAAACCGGCGAUGUGCUGCGGAGCAUCGACCGCGGCACGUCGUCAAUCAACAGCCUGCUCAGCUACAUUGUGUUUAGCAUCUUUCCAACCAUCGCUGAUAUUGUGAUUUCCAUCAUCUACUUCGUCACUAACUUUAACGCCUGGUUCGGCCUGAUCGUCUUCAUCUGCAUGACCUUAUACCUCACGCUGACCAUCAUCAUCACUGAGUGGAGAACCAAGUACAGACGGGCCAUGAAUCUGGAGGACAACGCUGCCAAGUCCAAAGCCGUGGACUCAUUGUUGAACUUUGAAACGGUAAAAUACUACAACGCAGAGAACUACGAGGUCGGCCGGUUUGAAGACGCCAUCUUGAAGUAUCAGGCCUCAGAGUGGAAGACUCAGGCGUCCCUCGCCUUACUCAAUCAAACCCAGAACAUCAUCAUCGGAUCUGGACUGCUGGCCGGCUCUCUACUCUGUGCCUAUUUUGUUACAGAGGGGAAAUUUCAGGUGGGAGAUUUUGUUCUCUUCGGUACAUACAUCAUCCAGCUUUACACCCCUCUCAACUGGUUUGGAACCUACUACAGAAUGAUCCAAAAUUCCUUCAUCGACAUGGAAAGCAUGUUCAAGCUGUUUGAGGAAGACGAGGAGGUGAAAGACGAAGUUAAUGCUGGAAGUUUGCAGUUCAAACUGGGAAGAGUGGAGUUUGACAGUGUCCACUUUAGCUACACCAAUGGAAAGGAAAUUCUCAGGGAUGUGUCCUUCACCGUUCUUCCAGGACAGACUGUUGCACUGGUUGGACCAUCAGGAUCUGGGAAAAGCACCAUCAUUCGCCUGCUUUUCCGCUUUUAUAAUGUUCAGGGAGGCUGCAUUCGCAUUGAUGGCCAGGAUAUCUCAAAAGUGAAGCAAACAUCUCUCCGGGCGCACAUCGGUGUGGUUCCUCAGGAUACGGUGCUUUUCAAUGACACAAUCAGGGAAAACAUUCGCUACGGUCGCAUCACUGCAUCCGACCGCGAGGUGGAGGAAGCAGCCAUAGCUGCGGACAUACAUGAUAAAAUCAUGGCUUUCCCUGAAGGCUAUGACACGCAGGUGGGUGAGAGAGGUCUGAAGCUGAGUGGAGGUGAGAAGCAGAGGGUUGCUAUUGCCAGAACAAUCCUGAAGGCACCUCAGAUCAUCCUGCUGGAUGAGGCAACAUCUGCUCUGGACACGCAGACAGAGCGCAACAUCCAGGCAUCUCUGGCCAAAGUCUGCACCAAUCGCACAACCGUCGUCGUAGCGCACAGGUUGUCCACCAUCAUUGGAGCGGAUCAGAUCCUGGUGAUCAGUGAGGGUCGGAUCGCUGAACGAGGACGGCAUGACGAAUUGCUGUCCAAAGGAGGUUUAUAUGCUGACAUGUGGCUGAAGCAGCAGCAGGCCCACGACUCGGAUUCCUCCUCAGAUACCGAAGCAAAAGAUCGCAAGUCUGAGAAACUACAGCCACCAUCCACCUCUUCAGCCCACCAAGGGCAUUGAAUGUAUUUAUUGCUUGAGACAUCAAAGUGUGUUUUUUGUACUUGUCAGAGUUGAUACUUUAUGUAAAAGUCAUACUGAGAACACUGA